CGGGACGGGACGGGAGGUGUCGCUGUGAGCGAGUAGCUGCGCAACCCCGGCGUCUGGCGGACCUGGAAUUUAUGAUAAAAGAAUGUCAUCAGGUUUCCAAAUAAAACCAAAGACUGCAGUACAGAAAAGCAAGACAUCUUCGUCUCCUUCAUCUAGUUCUCCAGAUCUUGCGGUUAAGCCACAACCAAGGCCUAGUGAUAAACUUAACCCCAAAACUAUUGAUCCGUUUGGGGAUCAUUCAAAAGCUCCUUCUGCGUUUUCUGCCAUUUACUCUAAAGGUGGUAUACCUUGCAGGUUGGUUCAUGGCUCAGUAAAACACAAAUUACAGUGGGAAUGUCUUCCUGAAACUCUUCCAUUUGAUCCUCUUCUUAUUACUUUAGCUGAGAUUUCAAAGAGGUUAAUGGACAAGAAAUUCAAAGAGCAGAUCACUGUUGCAUUACAAAAGCUAGAGCAGUAUGGUGGAAAGGAGAGUGUUGCUAUCAUCAAAUCUAAAAUUCCAACCUAUUGUUCCAUCUCCUCUUGAACGAGAGACCCAUCUAGUCAUUUACACUGCAUGGUGUGGUUGUGGGCGUCAGAAGCUGACUGUGGAUGCUGUUGGAAUUUCCUUUUGUAAACAGACCACUGAAACAGAUAUUAGACUGUCUAGAUAUUCCUGCAUUCUGAGCACUGAAGUGAGAUGGACGCUUCAAAAGACCAUUAUCUCCUUUUUUCCUCAGUAAAACCGGAAUUUCCCAUGGAAUAUCUAGAGAUGCAAGUAAAAAAACUGACAAAGUCCAUACCAUCUUUUAUAUUUCCUGUGCAGCUUUUGGGAGACAAGGUGUUUAUAAAUUGUUGCUCAUGGAUAGACAUGCUUUUCCUAGUCUUGUUUACCUCUUCUCUCAUAUACCAAAAGGGCAAUACAUUGACUCUUAUAGUUGAUUUUCCUAAUGUCCUUUCCCCUAUCCAAGAAAACCCAAAUAGAGCUGGUAUGUCCAUUGAAAUCUACUGUACUUUACUGUAUUUAUUGGUAGACAGAAUUGAUGGUUUUAGUUUGUUACAGUUCUUUUCUCAAGAAAAUCAAUCUGCAUGAUCUAAUCAAUUGUUGCUAGCCCUUUUCCCAGUUUGGAUCUCAACACUGGAUCUAAUGUAGUUAUGACACCCUCUGUAUGUACCAUGUUCCUCUAAUAGCUUGUAACCUUGUACAGUGUACAAAUAACAAGUAGCUUUGGUGUUUUCUGUAAUUUUAUUAUGAAAAAAUUAAUACUUAUUUUUAUAAGGCUGUCUUGUCUAAAUGUAGACAAGUUCUUAAAUAAUAGCACAUUCAGUUAUCCUACAGUGAAUAAAUGUGAAUUCUGGCAGAUAUUUACCCAGCACAAGGCUCAAAUAAAUAUUCACAUAACAAACAAUUUAUUGUCUACUACAUGGUAGCUUUGCACGGGAAGAGAGGAUGCAAACACACUAGUAGAAUAGGUGAACAUUUAGCUUUUCAAAAACUAUCACCUCUAUGAAUACAAAUAUUGUAUAUGUUUGCAUACGUAACUGACUGUUUUGUAGAACAGUUUGCCAGACACAUUUUUUUGUAAAGGUGCCUUAGGAAAUGUGGUCCCUGGUGUCUAGAAGUGUAAGCUACAUCUUUACACCCAAAUCCUAAUUGGUAGUACCGUGUGACAACCACUUAGCCAGCUGAUAGGAG